AUGGCACGAGCUCCACUCCUAAACCGAUGUGGUAAAUCUGUACUAGCAGUCGGCAAAGACUUGUUGGGAACCAGAGAGUUGUCCGGUAUAGAUGGCGGUUGGAAACGGUUUACUUUUGCAUCAACCUCAACAAAUUCAGGAAUUGCUAUCAUCAGCUGCAGACCAUUUAGUUGGUGGCGUACGAUCACCGUCACAUCAGCAAGGCACACCACAAACCAUAUGACGCGCACUCAAGCGCUGCCAGUCUCCAAGUCACCACGGUUGUUACUUGGUCCAACUCGUUACAACAAGGCACACUCCGUCUCAUCAUGGAUGUCGGUCUUUGAAAGACCUUUCAGUAGCGAUUCUGGAUCAGAUCGAGGUCGAUCGGAACUAGCAGAUGACCCCGAAGACAGUCGAGCAGCAGAACGGCCGCUGGGACCGAUAGAAGGUCGCUUGGCUAUUGGUUUCACGUGUAAAAUCUGCCAGACCCGCUGUACAAAGACAUUUUCAAAGCUGUCAUAUAAAAAAGGUGUAGUAAUCGUCCGGUGUGAUGGCUGCGGCAGCAACCAUUUGAUAGCCGACAAUCUGGGGUGGUUCUCUGACGUCCAGGGAAGAAACGUAGAAGAAAUCUUGGCUUCAAAAGGAGAGACUGUGAAAAAGCUGUCAGUGGAGGGACUUUUGGACGUGUCAUUGGGCGAUCGUGACUUGAAAGACGGGGAUUGAGAAAUAAACUGUAGUGGGGUGAAAGAUGAGGGGCAUGGGGUGGGUGAGAAAUAAACUAUCGUGAGGUGAAAGACGGGGAGUGAGAAAUAACCUGUCGUGGGGUCUAAGACAGGUAAUGAGAAAUAAACUGUCGUCGGGUGAAAGACGGGGAGUGAGAAAUAAGCUGUUGUGGGAUGAAAGACGGGGAGUGAGAAAUAAACUAUCGUGGGGUGAAAGUUGGUGAGUAAAAAAUGAACUGCCGUGAUGUGAAAGAUGGUGAGUAAAAAAUAAACUAUCGUGGGGUGAAAUUCGGUGAGUAAGAAAUAAACUAUCAUGAGGUGAAGGAUGGGAAGUGAGUAAUAAUGUUUUGUUGGCUGAAAGACGGGGAGUGAGAAAUAAACUGUCGUGAGGUGAAAGACAGGGAGUGAGAAAUAAACUGUCGUGGGGUGAAAGACGAGGAGUGUGAAAUAAAUUGUCGUGGGAUGAAAGACGAGGAGUGAGAAAUAAACUGUCGUGGGUUGAAAGACGGGGAGUGAGAAAUAAACUAUCGUGGGGUGAAAGACAGGGAAUGAGAAAUAAACUGUCGUGGGAUGAAAGAUGGGUAGUGAGAAAUGAACUGUCGUUGGGCGAAAGACGAGGAGUGAGAAAUAAACUACCGUGGGAUGAAAGACGGGGAGUGAGAAAUAAACUAUUGUAAGUUGAAGGA